GCUCAUUUGGAAGGCAAUUUAGCUUACGUAAUCUACUGGAAUUAGCAGUCACUAUCUCCGUAGGGGUUUAAUAGUUGUAAUUGUCUUUCUUAGCUAUUAUUUAGUGCGUUCUAUUUCUUCCUAAUGUCGUCAGGAACGGACUCGAGAGUUAAGAAGAGCCGUAAUAGAGUGCCCAUUUCGUGCGAGCCAUGCAGAAAGAAGAAACUUAAGUGUGACCGCACGAAGCCAUGCUCUAGCUGUGUCAAGAACAAGACUCAGGAUUCGUGUAAGUAUGCUAAUCAGAAUCUGGACAACACGAACAAGAUGCAACUCACAAGCGAAAUCAUCAAUCUGAAAAUGAAAGUCAACAAACUGGAGAAAAUACUACAAGCUAAUAAUAUCAGCGUUAGCGAGUAUAGCGAUUUGUCGUUUGUGUUUAGUGAGUCAAUCAGCCGAAUGAGUGAGGAGCAGGAGGAUCCGGUGCUUGAUUUAUCAGAGAAAUUUGAUCGCAUGAUUUUCAAGGAAAAUAGAAUUUUGCGUUCUGGUGCUACGUCCUACGUGACAUUUAUUAAGGCAGAUAAGCAGCUGAGCUUGCUUUUUGAGGCUCUGAACAAACGACAUGAACAAGAAUACGAGGAAUAUGUGAGCGCACAGAAGAUCAAGGUCCAGCACGACUCUAAAAUGUUUGAUAACAGCAACAUUGUGCGCAAACAUGCUUACCAAGACAAGGAUCUUUGUAUGGACUCUAGUCUGAGCGGCAUGACAACUACCACACUCACCGCUUCAGGACCUCUCAAAAGUCAGGACAUUUUUGCAUUAGCAAGCAGCAAGCUUCCUCCGAUGUUUGCGAUCGAGGCUCUUAUUGAUCGUUUUUUUACCCAUGCUUACUAUCUGGUUCCUUUUGUGGACGAGGAAAUUUUUCGGGAGGAGCUAACGUAUGUUCUGCUGGCAGAUGAAAAGGGAAAUCCAACUUUCAAGGUGGUACAUAACCAAAACACGUCAAUUGUCUCGCUGCUCCUAAUCAUCCUUCGAUACGCCUACAUGACCAUCAACGUGAAAGAGUUUGACGAAAACCCCCGGUCGAUAGAAGACGAGAACUUAGCAACCAUGUUGAGAAUGGGUAUCGUUAUCGGCCCACAGUAUAUCGAAUUAGCAAAGAACGUCCUGUUGAGCAUGCCUCCCGAGGAAAGCAUUUUCAGAAAAGUGACGAUUCGCAACAUACAGGUGCUGAUGUUCCUAAGGUGGUACCAGAGCUACUCGCCUGAGCUGAGUGAAGAUUACUACGAAGCAUCGAUUUCGCUUAGCUUGAUCAUCCAGAUGUGUCGAGUUCUGGGUAUCAACAGGGACCCCGAUCAUUUUUCUGAGGUGUUCCGAGACGAAAAAGUGAAGAAUUUGAGAAGAAGAAUAUUCUACAAGCUCUACUAUAUGGACACAUUGAGCGCUUUCGAUCUUGGAACCCCGGUUGUGAUUCAUUCAGAUGAGUUCGAUGCCAGGUUACCAAAAAUCAGCGCCAAGGAUAAGGCCACUUUGGACGAUUUUAAGCGUGGGAUGUCUAUAAGUAUUACCGGAAAGCAACUCAAGUCCAUCAUUAACGAAAAUGCCAUCAAUAGGGAUAUCGAGCUUGAGUUUGAAGUUGCCAAACUGAUCCGCAAAGCCAUCCAAUUGUGUCGUAACUACGAUGACGGUGCGAAGAAGUCAGAAUUCUUGGCCCACAUCCAAAGGAUUGAGUAUUUCUUGAAUAGUCGCCUAAGUUCCAUUUACGAGAUGCUGGACAGUGGGGAGCUACCAGGUAGUUUCAGAAUCGAUGAUCCUAUUGAGCGGAUUUUCAAUAUUUCGAAGAUCAAAAAGCUGGAAAUGAGACUGGUUCUUCUUUCCUUGUUGAAUUGUCUCCACUACUUGCUGUUCCUGUAUGCUUCAGAGGAUCAGGAGGAGGAAAAACUGGAGCAUGCAGUGAAGGCGUCUGAACCAGCCCUAAUCUUGUUCAAAUUCACUUAUGACUUUGUGAAGUAUUUGACGGAGUCGUCCACCAUUCACGGAGCCAGCAAGUCACACCAGAACUUCAAGCGAUUCUUCAAUGGCCUAGAGACUCCUUUCGCAAGCAAAGUCCAGGCCUGUUUCCACAGAGGUAUCUUGUGGACAAUGUCGAUUUUCCUCCAAAACUUCACUUCUGACCAUUUGAAAUUCGAAAUCCUUUUGAAGAAAUUUAGCAACUCUGUGGACUCGGUUAUUGUGCUGAACUGGCUCAACAUCAACCUUGACAGAAAUACCAACGACCAGUUUUUAAUCAUCAUGUUGCACUAUUUAAAGGAGUAUUAUCUCAACAGUAUUGGUUUGAAGACAGACUUUUUCUGUUGCUGGAGGGUCUCGAUGAUUAUCAAGAUUUUCUUUAACUUCUUCAAGAACACCAAGCAGGAAAGAUUUGAGAAGGUGCUCACGCACUACGAGCUCGCAAGCGAAAACCAGAAUUUGAGAAAGGAUUUUUCGUACGACGAGGCCAGAAUUAUGAGCUCUGAGCCUGAAAAACUGAAGAGCGGGCCCUCUUUGUCGCAUAUGCCCAAUACGCUAGAGCCUGAGCCUACGCAGCUGACCACCAAAGGAUUUGAGCAGAUCAUUUACGGCAAUGGGGACGAGUAUCUGGACGACUUGCUCAAGGAGGACCAAGCCUAUCGUCCGUCGGCUCGUGCGUACUCUUUCUUCAACGUUUCCGACUUCAACGCUUUGGGGGGUCCAGAAUCAUAUCAGACUACGUCCUCCAGCUCGGUUAACCGCCCUUCUGAAACAGAUUCUUUCAGCCACUCAAAUUCCACCGACCACCCUUCUACGAAAUCGAGUGGAUCCGUUGGAAACAUGACUUUUGAAGAUCCUAGCAGGGCCGACGUCAUGUCGUUCGAAGCCCCGGACAUUGUUAGUCCCUUCGACACGUACGCCAGUCAGAUCAGCGCAUUGGACCAGGAAGUCCCUGGCGAAAAGAGCAUCAACCUUCAAGAUUUCAUCUCUCAGUUUUCCAAGGACUCGAUGUUUUCGAACUGAUUAUUCGCUGUAUAUACGUUUUUAAGUGAAUCAAAUUUCGAUGUUGACAAAUAUGGGGCCAGUGGUGUCGACGAGAAACCCGUUGUCUCCGACUAGCAGGUUGUUCGCGCUCACUUUGCCUUCGAUCGAGGACUCCCAAUUCGUAACGUCCCAUUUGAGCCCGCUCGUGCUCAAUCGCACAGGACGCGCGAGUGGUAACAGCCCAACAAGCGGCAGUUUUCCCUUCACUAGCUUCUCACCCCUGUGGUACUCCUUUUCUUGCAGUAGCGUGACAAAGUUGCGUCCUUUGGGAAUGAACAAAAUAUACUCAUUAUACUCGCUAUUUCUCACAAUGAACUGGAAAUUGGGCUUUGUACGGUGCAAUUUUAUCAGCUUGCUGAUCGUGGACACCGUGUGGUCGAAUCUUCCGCCAAUUGAGCCCAUCAUGAACACAGAAACCUUCUCUUGAAUGCUAUCGGUGAUGCUUUCCUCAUGCUUGCUGACGCCAUCAUAGUCGUCGUAAUCGUCAAGAUUUAUUGCCGGAUUGAGCAGAACCAGGUUAGAAAGCGUGAUGGCCUUGUCCAGGUCUGAAUAAUAUUGCGAAGACUGCUGUUUGAUCUUGACCCCCUUGGAUUUAUAGAAGAUACUCACUUCGGGCCGCAAGGAGUCGAGAUCACCUAUCACAAAGUCCGGCAGCCAGUCCAGACCGUAUUUCAGGCUAUACUCGUAAAGCUGGUUUGCACCCCCGUCGGCACAGAUCCUCAAUUGCGAAGCAUCCCACACCUGUUGUACAGCAGCCACCGGGAGCUUGAUCUCCUGGUUAAGCAAAAGAAGUACCUUUUUGCCCGGCCCCGAAAAAUAGUCUGUAGGGCAUAUCACGCGCGCAUCGUCGGGGGGCAUGAUGUGGACAUGAUCCGGGUUCUCUGUGACCAGAUCGUCGGCGGGCGGCGUAGAACCCAUGAUAGUUUGA